AUGCCACGCACUGAGGUGGGUCUCUCGUCACCAGGGGUACGGCGCGCGAGGCACGUUUGUAGAACUCGUUCACUUUAUCGCCUACUUCCUCCCUCCUUCAACUUUCUCUCUCUGCCUUCUUCCUUCGUCGUCUUGUGGAGCGCUGUACACGACGCCCCCCAUCCUCUUUCUCCUCAUCAUUGCGGCCCUUCAGCAUAUCGUACCGUCUCUUCGCUUUUUGUGCUCCAUCGGUUAUUGGGGUGUCUUGGCGGCGCACGUUCGAGUGAUUUGUGCCGUCUCAUGGCGGGAGUACGGGGGGGGAGGUUACCACACCGCUUUAUCCAGGAUAGACCUAAGCGCCUGUUCCUACUCGCACAGACUCGGUACCUACUCUCACAAAGCUGUAGGAGCGCCACGAUGGAGCGAGAGCGGAAGCUGGCAGAGCGGGAGGUGCGCGAGGUCGUGGCGGAUGCAGAGUCUCCGCUGGCACAGCGCCAUGUGCGGGAGUCCCUGAAGAAGAACAAAUUCGCUCUUGCCCUUUACGCGAUAGCCCUCUUCACCCCCGCCUUCUUCCUCAUAUCCUUCUACACAGCCAAGGCACGCGAGAUUCGCACCAACUUCAGAGACCCCUACGCCCUCCCCGAGGGGUUUGAUCCAGUGACGGGAGAGUUCGCGAGCCAAGAGGUGCAAUCGAAGGGCGCGCAUGCGCUGCCCAUGUCUAGCUCACUGUUUGUUGGCGAGGAGCUGGGCAGCUACGGGCCACGUACGCGGAAGCGCAGCAUCAUAUGA